AUGUUUGGGUAUGCCAUUUUCAGCUAUGUGCUUAUCGUAAUAGCCCUUAUCGCCAGCCUCACUGAGGCAAGAGCUCCUCCUUUUUACAUCUAUUCUAAUACAUCACUACUGUACUCAGCUUCAUCACAUUUUUCUUCUUCAUCAUCAUCAUCAUCAUCAUCAUUCAGCGCAGCUACAAAUCAUUUUCAACCUUCGUACUAUGCUUUUCCAACAACCUCUGCUAAAUCAAUAUCAACUUUGGCUCCGCAAACCGAAUUCCAUCAGCCAACAACAUCCCAGACUCAUGCUCCAAUGAUCACUCAAUCAUCAGUUUCGUCACCUCUAAAUGCUUUUGACGAAAUAGUGGCAAGUUAUCUAGGCCUCUUAGGGGGGUUGGAUGAUUUCACCAUUGCUACUUUCACCUUCGCUGCAGAAGUAAUUACCUUUCUUGAGCUCCCUUCUUGGUUGCAUUCUGAGUUUCUCGAUAUCUUGAUUACAAUUUCUUAUGGCGACCAACUCUAUAUUGGAAUCGACUUGGAGGUCUUGUAUUUUGAAACCGUCACCGUUAAUUUUUCAGAAAACCCCACCGCCAUCACAGUGCCUGGCACCAGUGAAAUAUUGAGUCUUUCAAGCACCACUUCUAAUUACACUUCUGAUACAGGUUUGGCAACAGUUUCAUCAUCAGUAAUCAACAUUUCUCCAACAGAGAUUUCCCUGUCAACUAUUUCCGAUUUCUUGUCGAUAUCCACUCUCACCAAUACCACAAGGCUUGUCAAUCAUACUUAUACUGGGACUUCGGUGGAAAUGCUGACAUAUUCUGACAUUCUAAGUUUUUCGGAAUCGAUAUCAUUAAAUUAUACCACUGAGAUUCCAUCACCAAGUCUCAGUAUUUCACCUAGUUUGGUGACUGCAACUUUCUCAGAAAAUAUAACAGAAACGGCAUCUUUUGCUUUCUCUACUAUUUCUAUGUCAACUGUUAAUAUCACCUCUAUCCCAUUACCAACUAUUAACAUCACCACUAUACCGCUUCCAACUAUUAAUAUUACUACUAUCCCAUUACCAACUAUCAAUAUUACUACUAUCCCAUUACCAACUAUUAACAUCACUACUAAACCACUACCAACUUUUAAUACCACUGUUCCUUCAAAAACUCUUAAUAUCACCACCAUUCCUUUGCCAACUCUUAAUAUUACCACCAUUCCUUUGCCAACUCUUAAUAUUACCACCAUUCCUUUGCCAACUCUUAAUAUUAGCACUAUUCCUUUGCCAACUCUUAAUAUUACCACUAUUCCUUUGCCAACUUUUAAUAUCACCACCGUUCCUUUGCCAACUCCCGGUAUUAGCAUCUCCUGGAGUUUCUGUUUCGGAAUUUUCUGUACCACCGAAACUGAAGAUCCUUCUAGUAUUAUUCCACACAUAACUCAAACCCCAAGCUAUAACUUUUCUUCGUAUUCGAUAUUCUCACCAUCUUUUACAACACCAAGUAAUUCCAUCACGGGAUCUAGCCCAUCCAGUACUAGCUUAUCUGAAUCUUCUUCCAAAUCACUUUCAUCUCACUCAUCUCCUUCAAUAAAUAUCACAUCAGGAACAACCUCCUCAUCAAGUGUCUCAUCAAGCUCAUCUUCAUUGAGUAUCACAUCAGGAACAGCCUCCUCAUCGAGAAUCUCAUCAAGUUCAACCUCGAUACAAUCAAUCAGUUCUAUUUCUAACUCAUCAGCAUUACCGUCUCUUACUAGCAGUUCAAGCUCAUUAUCUUCUCCCUCGAUUUCGUCUAACUCAACAUUGCCAACUAUUAGUUCUAUGAGUUCAAACUUCUCGAGCACUAACUCACCAACAUCGUCAUUCAUUUCAUCAUCUACCCCAUUAUCCAACAAUACUGUGGCCACUGGUGCUACUGCAUCAAGUGCUACUGCAUCAAGCGCUUCCGCUUCUAACACGCUCUCACUGGCUAACAGUAGUGAUUCUCCUACUGCAAGUUCUAGAACUACUGGAUCCACUUCUGGUAGCUCUUCGUCACCUACGUCAGCUUCAUCGAGUACUAGCAAUAGUAAUGCUUCAUCAUCCGCCACAGGUAGCUCUUCCAGCUCAAGUAGUGGUACCUCAUCUAAUUCUAGUAGCGACGGCUCAUCCAAUUCUAGCAAUGAUAGUUCUUCUAGCUCAAGCGACGACAACUCUUCUAAUUCGAGCAGUGACAACUCUUCUAGCUCAAGCGACGACAACUCUUCUAAUUCUAGCAGUGACAACUCUUCUAGCUCAAGCAACGAAAACUCUUCUAAUUCUAGCAGUGACAACUCUUCCAAUUCUAGCAGUGACAACUCUUCCAGCUCAAGCAGUGACAGUUCUUCCAAUUCUGGUAAUGACAACUCUUCCAGCUCAAGCAGUGACAGCUCUUCCAAUUCUAGUAAUGAUAGUUCCUCCAACUCAAGUAAUGACAGCUCUUCCAGUUCUACCUCUGACAACUCUGAUAAUACCAAUUCCCAAUCUUCUUCUGAUAAUACAGCUUCUUCUGAUAAUAGUAACACCAAUAAUUCAAGCAAUAUUGGCAACGAUUCGGGAUCUUCUGAUUCGGGAUCUUCUGAUUCUGGAAGCUCUGACAGUUCCAAUAGUGACGAAGAAGGUUCAGAAAGUUCUUCAGAAAGUUCUGCAGAAAGUUCUGCUUCAAAUAGCGCAAAUGAUAGUUCAGAUGAUUCAAAUUCUGCCGCUGUUGCUAGUGCAACAAAUGCUAACAGUUUUUCCAGUACCUUGAAUUCUCAAGUGACAUAUAGUGUCAGCAGUGAUAAUGAUAUUAUGAGUGGAUUUAGCGUGAAUAAUGGAUCUAUUCCAUUCUUCAGUGGUGGUUUGAAAUUGGAAGCUUUGGUAACGGCAAACUCAAACCAUUCAGCAAUCUUUUGGAUAAGAAUCUUGGCAAUGCUUAUUUUACCGGUACUAUUCGUGUGA